AUGUUGAUCAACAACGAUAAUAACAGUGAUUAUGCAGAGAAAAUGCAGAGAUGUCGAGAGUAUAUUGACGCUUUAGAAGAAGAAAAACGGAAGAUUGAGGUGUUCCAACGCGAGCUUCCUCUUUGUCUAGACCUUGUAACUCAAGCGAUUGAAGCAUGUAAGCAACAGUUGUCUGGGACCACUGAGUACUUUCAUGGCCAGUCUGAAUGUUCUGAGCAGACAUCAAGUGAAGGUCCUGUUAUGGAGGAAUUCAUUCCUAUGAGAAGGCCUUCAUCUUCUGAUGAUGAUGAGCAAAUAUCAAAGAAAUCGAAGAACAACAGCUGUGAAAAUCAUAACAACAGAGAUAGCAAAAACAAUGACAAAUCAUCCAAGAAAUCAGACUGGCUUAGAUCUGUUCAGUUGUGGAAUCAAACCCCAGAUCCACCCACCAAAGAGGAAUCACCAAGAAAGGUAUCAGUGGUGGAGGUGAAAAGAAAUGGUACUGGUGGUGCUUUUCAUCCUUUUAAGAGAGAGAGAAAUGUGGGGACUACACCACCAUCAAAGGGUAUGACACCUUCUUCAGCAGCACCAGCGGCCGCUGCUAGCUCCACCGCAGAAACUGGUGGCAGUAGUGGUGGUGGUGGUGGUGGUGGCUGUGAAGGUAAGACAAAUGAUAAGGAAGGACAGUCUCAGAGGAAGGCGAGGAGGUGUUGGUCACCGGAGUUGCAUAAGAGAUUCUUGCAAGCCCUUCAACAGCUUGGUGGUUCUCAUGUUGGUACGCCUAAGCAAAUUAGGGAGUUGAUGAAGGUUGAUGGCCUUACUAAUGAUGAAGUUAAAAGCCAUUUACAGAAGUAUCGUUUGCACACGAGAAGGCCUAAUCAUUCAAUUCAAAGCAACAACAAUACUCAACCACCCCAAUUUGUAGUGGUGGGUGGUAUAUGGGUGCCACCAGCAGAAUAUGCUGCAAUGGCAACAUCAGGGGAAGCAUCAGGGGCUGCCACUUCUAAUGGAAUCUAUGCACCAAUUGCUGCACUACCACCACCCUUCCAAGGUGCUUCGACCUCUCUAAAUCAAAGACAACAACAUAAGCAACAGCAUUCUGAUGAUAGAGGCAGCCAUAGCGAGGGCGGUGUUCAUUCCAAUUCCACAGCUACCUCCUCUUCCACACAUACCACCACAGCUUCGCCUGCAUAG